AUGGAGCCACAGAAUGUGACCAAUCCUGUAAUGGAAUUUGUCCUCCUGGGUUUCAACCACAGUCUUAAGAUUCAGCAAUUCCUCUUCACAGUCUUCUUCAUUGUCUACCUGAUGACCUGGUUGGGAAACAUCACUAUCCUCAUCACUGUUAUCACUGACUUCCACUUGAACACACCCAUGUACUUCUUCCUGGCUAACUUAGCAUUCACAGAUAUAACCAAAUCAUCAGUAAGUACUCCCAUUCUAUUGUCAGGUCUUGUCUCCCAGCACAAAACUGUUCCAUUCAAGGAGUGCAUUCUUCACAUGUUUUUCUUGCACUUUGUUGGUGGUGCUCAAGUCUUCCUUCUUGCAGUGAUGGCAGCUGACCGGUACGUGGCCAUACACAAGCCCUUGCAGUACUUGACAAUAAUGAACUGUGAGGUGUGUUUAGGUCUAGUGGCAGGGUCAUGGGCAGGUGGACUCAUUCACUCUGCAACGCAGAUUGCUCUGCUUCUUCCCUUACCUUACUGUGGACCUAACACUUUGGACAAUUUCCACUGUAAUGUCCCACAAGUGCUGAAAGUGGUCUGCAUUGACACCUACCUGACAGAGCUGCUGAUGGUCUCAAAUGGUGGACUGAUCCUCACAGUAAUUCUUGUCUUUCUGCUCCUUUCAUACACUGCCAUUUUAGUAAAGAUAAGGAGGCAAGUCGCAGAAGGAAAGCACAAAGCUUUGUCUACUUGUGUUGCCCAGAUAAUGGCAAUAAGCAUAACAUUCAUUCCAGGAAUAUUCAUCUAUGCUCGGCCCUUCAAGACAUUUGAACUGGACAAAGUGGCCUCCAUCUUUUUCACUGGGUUUGUUUCAGUGCUGAAUCCCCUGGUCUACACCUUGAGAAAUACUGAAAUGAAAAAGGCCAUCAGGAGACUUGUUUCUAGGAAGAAAAGGAAGGAG